AUGGAAGAGCUGGAGUCUGCUGUAGACUCUGCCUCCAAAGGGGACUAUUCCGGACUUACACAAAUCCAGGCGGCUCUACAGGACCCGACAUAUUAUCUUGCGUUCUCUAGCGUCCUUUUAGACUCUCUACAGUCGAAGGACAUUUUUGUCUUUCAUGGUCUUAACUUGCUUGUUACAGCGGGAACAGCUAAACCCUCGCUUUAUCACACUCUUAAGGCUUACGUGCCACGUUUGCUCGAUGCAGGAAGGACGCUUUUGGCAACGGGGAUCGCCGUGAAGACGCUUUCUAAACUUGUAGCGUUUGUUGUUCCGGCCUGUUUUUCGUCAGAUGAAAUUCACACUUUCUGCACAGUGCUUAUUACCGAGCGUUUCACAGAAGUCCCUUUUUUACUUAGUGUAGUUGAAGACCUUUUGUUCCAUAUUGCUACCGCCGCCGUUGCCAAGCAGGUUGCUGCACAAGAUACAGUAAUCAGAGAGUCUGUCAUCAAGCUAGUUAACCACGUACUGGACUCUCUAGACCGCCUUAUGGACGCCUAUUGCACCUCCAAUACUGCCCCAAAGUUUAAUGAAGGCAAUCACCAAGUUUUCAUCAUUGCCCAUCUGAAGAUCAUAACCAUCUCCGUUAAGUGGGGAGCACUCAGCAAGACCUGCCCGGCCUUUUCUACUAAUUCCGACGAUGCUUUCUUUGACACACAAGCUAAGCCUUUGCCAGAGUUAUUGAACUUAUUAGAAACUGCAUGGUAUAGUAGGUCUGCGAAACUAUUUCUUCUAGCUUUUUUGAGGAAGGAUGAGUUAGUCUAUAGUUGCUGCCAAGAGUUGUUCUUUGCAUUAGCGACGGUUACCUACAGCAAGGCCAAAUCCUCCAGUAUUAUUUGCAUGUUUGUUAUCGCCCUUUUGAUACGCUUCUAUCAGUUUCAGCUGUCUAGAAUGGAUGAAGAGGACAUUUUGUCCAGGCUGGAGAUGGCUACACUUGAGCUUGAUCUUGGCGCGUCUAUCUCUGAAUACAGACCUUCUGAAUACAAUCCUAUUGUUAUAGCUGGCAAUUUCUUUUGCUCUAACACAUGGUUCAAUAUUCCCCACAAUCCCGAAGAUGAUUUUUUCCCGCUGCAAAUCAUACAGUCUCUGAUUCUCGCCAAUGGUCCUGUGACCAUGCUUUCUAUACUAAACAAAAAUCAGUUGACAAAGCUACUCUGUCAAUUCUCGUUCACUAUCUUUUUUGUGCAUAUGACCGUAUCUCAAGAACUGGGCUUUAUUGUUUCUUAUCUCAGCUCCUUGAUGUCUAUAGUUCAUGCCAGCUACCAAGCCUGUAUCAUUGGCCCGUCGCUUAAUCUGGUCUCAUCAGGCAAUGCGCAAAACUCUUCCCUUGUACUGACACUUAACUCGUUCUUAUUGUUAAUAUACUCUGUGACUUCUGCAGCCCUUUAUAUUUCCCAGAUACAGAUAUAUAUGGCUAGCUGUUUGGAUCUGCUGGUUAAUAAGGAGCCGACUCCACGAAAUAUGAGGCUGUACAAUGUGCAAAAAUGCAGUAAUAAUUGCGUUCAAUUAAUUCGUGACUUCUCUAUCAAUCUACAUACGGCUGUACGCUACUGCUUUAUGCCAGAGAAUAAUGACCCAGCGCGCUUUAGCUUUGUACGAUUCUGCCAAGAGAGUGCCAUAUUUGAGAGGAUACGUGACGGCAACGCGCUCCCCUUAGCUGACCCAUCCAAACUGGACAGUAACCUAGCAAUCGUAGUGUUGAAUUCUGUUCUCUUCUUUGGCAUACGUGACGAGCUAUUUUCAUUUAACGAAGAGGAGUUUGUAGGCGCGCAGCCGAUUUAUCUUUGCAUGGCACCGACAGAGAUGCUUAUCUCGCAGCAGUGUAGGCUGGCGUCAACCGCCAUUUGCUUGAUUGCUCGUGGACUUUCUGGCGAAUGUGAUUGGGGUACUGUGGUUAGAGCAUGCUUCUAUACUCAGAUAGCCAUUCAGUGGGUACAGUACAUGCUUUACGACAGUGAGUGUGCGACCAGUUAUAGCGAAUGCCUGAGUGCAGCCUCGUGUGCAGCCAUAUCCGAAGCAAUUAUUGCUGUGUUAAAGUGCAUAGGGAGCGUCCACGACUCUCCUGGGCAUGUUCAUCUUUCUACGCUCUUCCUAAAUGAUGCCAUUAUCUCCACUCUUUUGCUAUGCAUUGACGCCAUGAACAUCGUAAAGAAGAGGCCAGCUUUUCCUUUGGACGUUGUCUUGAGAGCUAUUAAGAAAUUGGACACGAUGUGCAGAGAAGUUCCUGUUGCUAGUACUUGCGACUUCACCAAUUUUCUUCUCAAAUACAAAAGUAACGUCUUAACCUUUAGUAGUCUCCUCAUCGAGCAUGUAAGACCGGACGAGACCUUUCAUCUCACUGCUUAUGUUGAUUCCCUACUGUCCGUAGUGGCAACAGCAGGAGCCCAGAAAUUGACGACUAACCCUUGCUUGAUAAUAGAGAUUCUAACACUUCUUCUGUCUGCUUCCGCUGGCGGGCUGGCAGCAUUAGAAAAUAUGAGCAUCGACGACUGCGCUGGGCUAAAGAAUGCUUUUCUGAACAAGGUCUUUGCUGCAUAUGAUGUGGUUCUGCCUUACCUUGAGGCCUUGCCCAAUGGAACCAAUUACAUACUGUCAGCUAUGUUUCUGGUGAGGGACAUCUUUCUUUUUGCGAAGAUCACAAUAGAUAAGUGGCUUAAAUGCAUAGGUUCGCAAGUAGCGUCCUUCUUCAAGCGGCUAAUUGAUUCUUCCUUCGGACUUCUGUGUCGUAGCCUUCAAACUACCAUGGACUGGGCUAGCGUUUCUUCCGAGCGAUGCUCUAGCUUGCAGCACGUUUACUCGGGGGAAGAUGUGACGUCUGUUGCCUUCUCUGGCCAUGAGCAACUGUAUUUGGUAUUUCUUGCUGCGUCUGUGGUAGCCGUAGAUAUGUUGUACGAAAUAACAAAUUAUAUUCCUUCUUUGCUGACGCUCCGGGGCGAUGAUUACAAGAGCUUUAUUUCUCACCUGUUUUCAAAUGUUCUGAAUAUUAUCCUUAGCUUUACCCCAAUCCUGAAUCAUGUAGACGACCAUGACAUUACAAAAAUGGUAGAUAUGAUCACAAUGAUCCUAAAUUUGAGCAAUGAUACCCUUGAGCAAGAGGAAGCAACGCGUAUGCUAACCGCUCUCUGUGAUUUUCUAGAUAACCUGUCGCCGACGCACGUGUCUUUAAAGAUAAAAUUGUUUGGCUGCAUAGCCACCUUUGUCAAUGCUCUCCUUGGCAGCUAUGUGCACUCUGAUCAACUGGAGCAGGUUAACCGGGCCUACGUGCAAGUCAUUGAGAAAUCUAUCGGUAAGCUUAUUUGCUGCGUUUUCUCAACCGUCCAGGACGAAGAUCUUAUCUCUGAUUUGGCUGCUGCACUUCUACACGUUGUUUUUGUCGAUAUAGAAGAUAUUUCUGUGGCGGGGCUGCAGUUCCGCCAAGACAUCUUUCGCCUUCAGGUUCUAGAAGCAGUUCAGGCUCUUGGUAUCCAAGAUUUUACUUCAUUAGUCAAUUCUGCCUUCUCAGAUAUGCAGGGGAUUGCAGUGGAAAGCUCGAAAGGUUAUAAUAUGAUAACCCCAAUUAGAACGCUGUUCUUUGCACUACAUGCCAUAUGUAUUAAGUGCGCAGCUACCCCAGGUCUACCAUCUAUGUGA